UAAAAUGGACGAAAGAGCAUCUACUCCAUCUCCGUCACAGAACUCGAUGGAACCCAACAGAAAAAUGGUGGAAGAAGGAGUGUCUGCUUCACAGAACUCGGUGGAAUCCAAGAGAAAAAUGGUGGAAGAAGGAGUGGCAGUUGCAGAUGGAUCUCCAUUUCCAAAAUCUCAGAAUCCCAGUGUUGUCGUUACCAUGUCUUCUUCUUCUCCCAAGAAUGAAGAUGAAAUGAAUAUGGAUUUCCAGAACAGAGCGCAGUGGCUUCGUGCCGCAGUUCUCGGCGCAAACGACGGGCUCGUCACAACGGCCUCUCUCAUGAUGGGCGUUGGAGCGGUGAAAACAGACGCAAAAACGAUGGUCAUGUCUGGACUGGCGGCGCUGGUGGCGGGUGCAUGUAGCAUGGGCAUUGGCGAAUUUGUUUCCGUACAAACGCAGCGUGACGCAGAGAUUUCUAUCCUCAAGGAAGAAAAGAAGGCCAAGAAAACAAUGAGUGCAAUUCCUUCGGCUUCUCCGUUGGUGAUUUCAAGAGAAGAAAAAGAGGGUCUUCCAAGCCCAAUUCAGGCGGCUUGCGCAUCGGCCCUUGCGUUUUCUGUGGGAGCAUUCUUUCCUCUCAUCUCUGCUGCUUUUGUAAAGGAUUAUGUUAAUAGGGUUGGGGUGCUCUCUGGGGUUUCCAGCUUGACGCUCCUUAUGUUUGGCGCCACUGGGGCUUACUUUGGGCGGUCUUCUAUUGUGAAAGGGAGUGUGAGAGUGCUGAUUGGGGGAUGGCUUGCCAUGCUGGUGACCUACGGUUUGCUCAGGCUUUUUCGUGCUACUGCAGGAGUUUGAUUGGAGUGGUUAUCUUACUGAAUGUUGUUGUUUCCCUUUGAAUUUAUUUCGUCCAUG